UUUAAUCCCUUGAUCGUCCUAGAUGUUAACCCCUUCCAAGCCAGUGUCAUUAGUACAGUAACAGUGUAUAGUAUUAUCACUGAUCACUGUACUAAUGUCUGCAGUCUCCGGUCAUCUCGUGUACUGUGUCCGCAGUCUCCGGUCAUCUCGUGUACUGUGUCCGCAGUCUCCGGUCAUCCCCUGUACUGUGUCCGCAGUCUCCGGUCAUCCCCUGUACUGUGUCCGCAGUCUCCGGUCAUCCCCUGUACUGUGUCCGCAGUCUCCGGUCAUCCCCUGUACUGUGUCCGCAGUCUCCGGUCAUCCCCUGUACUGUGUCCGCAGUCUCCGGUCAUCCCCUGUACUGUGUCCGCAGUCUCCGGUCAUCCCCUGUACUGUGUCCGCAGUCUCCGGUCAUCCCCUGUACUGUGUCCGCAGUCUCCGGUCAUCCCCUGUACUGUGUCCGCAGUCUCCGGUCAUCCCCUGUACUAUGUCUCAGUCUCUGGUCAUCUCCUGUACUGUGUCCGCAGUCUCUGGUCAUCUCCUGUACUGUGUCCGCAGUCUCUGGUCAUCUCCUGUACUAUGUCCGCAGUCUCUGGUCAUCCCCUG